AUGUCUCCUGUUAAAACAUAUCCUGCUCGAUUGGUCUGUAUCGUUCUAAGCCAAGUCUUGUACUUGUCUUCGUUUCCAUCAAAAUCUUUAGCGUCGGCCAUUUCUUGUCUUGGUUCUGUCAGGUUCUCGGGUUCUACUGGUGUGAUACCUAAAUUGGAUAAAUCUAUCAGUGUAAAUGCAGGUGUCGGGAUGAUUGGUCCAAGUAGUGGCUGUAUGCUUCUGCUGGGUGUUCUGGUGAUUGCUGGUGAUCCUCUGGGUGUGGUUUGUCUGCUGAAGGGUGACAUUAAUGGUCCUAGCCCUGUUAUUCGUCUAUAUCUCUCUGUGGUUGAUACGGGUGUUGAUGUUCCUGUUACUGGUGUCUGUGAUGCAGGGGGGCUGUUACCCUCAUCUGCGCUUUCGUACUGUUCUUCACCGGAUGUGAAGGUGUCGGUUCUUGGUUCGGGUUCUGAGUCUGAGCUUUCUGCUGGUGCUUUGUGUCUAAUUUGGGUAGAGGGCGGCGAUGCGCCUUCUGUUUUGGGCGUAACAGGCAGUUAUGUUAAGCUUUCGAGUUCAAUCGUUCGUUCGUCUACCACAGUUCUCGUCGUUGAGACAAAGUGGGUCACUACAACGUUCGCUUGGCCCUCAAAGCGACAUGAAUCUUUACUGUAUCUAUUUCCUUAA